AACACUGAAUGACGCACAUCCUCGCAGUGCUAGUGCUGCUAACUGAGCUAACCCCAACGGCAGGCGGUGUGUCGUAGACCGUUUGUUGACAUCUUAUCUGUGGUGAAAUUAGUCCUGGACCGCGUAGAAGACCCCGUUACAAUUCUCUCGUAUGUGUCUGGAAUGUAUGGAUGGAUAGUUGACGGAAUCUCAUCGCUGUUUGAGCCCGUUACUGGGCAGAACCACACCGAGUGGCCCGGGAAAGGUAACGUUAGCCAGGACAUACCCACGCGACCUGGCGUAGAAGAGCAGCGGCACGAGAGCCUCAUCAGACCGGCCAAACGGAACUACCAGAGUGUUGAUGUUGCAGACAGUGUUUGCCAGAGUGACCAGGUAGAGGUGAAAAGAAAUAGGCGAGAUGUAGUCAUUAGCUUUGUGAAGAAGACUGUGGCCGGUGUAGCAGGUCUGCUCAGGCUGCACAACCCGCGGAAGACCAGUGUGAAGCCUGAACAUUAUGAAGACACGCAGCCUGUCACUCUGAUAGGGAUAGAUGAGCUCCAAACCUCGUGGCUGAACAGGACCGAGUGGAGAAUGAUUAACCCAAUAGGUGGAGUGAAUGAUAGGAGUGGGAAGAAUCCCUUUCAGAGCUCCUCUCCUCCUUUAAUGAGGAAAUACAGCGGGGCGAAUCUGUCCGCGGUGCUCUCGGACAGGGGGAAGGAUCGGGAGAGGAGAGCCUCCCUUCAGCUGCUGCCCUCCAGACCUGCUCAGAGAGUAGGAACCACUAACCCAGAUCCAACCUGCAAUAGCUUUGGACAUACUCGCUGCUACAAGCCCAUUCUUACUGUAGAAGAGGAUAUAAAGCAGUACAACAAGGAACACUACAGGCGCUUGCUGGAGAGGGUGACAGAGCAACACAGCAAAAGCCAACCACUACCUUUCAACCAAACAAAACCAAAAGAUGAGUCGCUGUCACAGGGUGUUCACAAAACUGCUGCCUCCGGAAAAGCCUUUGAACCAGUGCCCAGGAAAAUGGGAUACACAGCUGCUCCUAGUAUGUUUGCAUGGAGAAAUACAUCUGCAACCAAGGACAGAUGGGGAAGCCUGACUUUUAGUAAAACAUUCAGUGGACCCUUUGACGAGAAGCAGCCUGUGAGAUGUGCAAAGCCUGUGUUGCAGCAGAAACAGGCAGCCGAUUUGGAUCUUUCUACAGAAGUAGCUACUCGCCUCAACCUAGUGGACAGAGAGACUUCUGCUGUCAGCCUCCCUGACUCCCAUCCUGCACAUACAAGGCACAGCGAUGAAGACAUACCCAGGCUGACCAAGGAGAUGUCAGCCGAGGUGAGUUGUGCUCUGGCUCAGAGUGAUCCCAACCUGGUUCUCAGCGCGGCGUUCAAACUGCACAUCACACAGAGAGAUCUGGCCACGCUGCAGGAAGGAGGCUGGCUCAACGACGAGGUGAUGAACUUCUACCUGUCUCUUGUCAUGGAGCGGUGCUCUGGUGAAGCAGCAGGAUUGAAAAUCUACUCGUUCAGCACCUUCUUCUUCCCGAAGCUGCGGGGGGGCGGCGGCGGGCAGGCGGGCGGACACAUGGCAGUGAGGCGCUGGACCAAGGCUGUCGACCUCUUCCUCUACGACCUCCUCCUGGUCCCUCUGCACCUGGGCGUCCACUGGGCGAUGGCUGUGAUUGAUUUGAAGUCAAAGACAGUUAAGUCAUAUGACUCGAUGGGACACAGGCACGAUGACAUCUGCGGUCUUUUACUACAUUACCUAAAAGAGGAGCACAAAGUAAAGAAAGGCAGAGAGCUCGAAGGCACUAAAUGGUCUGUUGGGAGCUUGCGGGCCACUGAGAUUCCCCAGCAAAAGAAUGGCAGCGACUGUGGUGUGUUUGCAUGUAAAUACGCUGACUAUAUCGCAAAAGGAAGUCCUCUAACCUUUAAACAGUGCCACAUGCCGAUCUUCAGGAAAGUAAUGAUUUGGGAAAUCCUCAAUCAGAAGCUGCUAUAAAGGAUCGCAACAAUUUCAAAUAACCGCCUAACAACAGUGACCUUCUGAAUGGGAGCAACAUCUGUGUAGAUGAACUACAUGCUGAAGAAAAAAAUGAAUGGGCCAAAGACGUGGACAAAAAUGAACCCAGUGUAGCUGUUCUGAGGCCUGUACUACGAAGCUGGUUCAACCUAACCUGGAUAUGUUUGAGUUAGCCGGUUGGCCUAAUCCAAAACAUACGCGCUCUCGCUAAGCGGUCCUACGACGCUGGU